AUGACUACUAUAUAUAAUAAUAAUAUGAUAAACGAAAUAUAUUCUACUGAGAAAAUGAAUAAACAGUAUCCCUGCAGAAAUACUCAAAAUGAUUUUACAGUGAAAACGGAUUCUAAAGCCAGUUCUUCGACGAAACAAUCAGUUGAGUUAGGAAAAUUGUAUACUAUUCAAAGUCAACCACAACAACAGAAUGAUCAACAUCAGGAACAUCAAUACCAAGAAUUGAUGUCUUUAAUGUCCUACCGUAAUAAUAUUGCUCAACUAGCUAACAGUUAUGAACAAAUCAUUAAAACGUACAGAAAAAUAGAGCUCGAAGCAAUGGCCUACAAAGUUUCAGCAGCUUGUCAACCACCUAAGAGUGUAGAAAAGUUGAACUCAACCAAUUCAUGUACCCAGGUCAUCAAUCGAACUGCAUCAAAUAUUGCAAUAUCAAACUGUCAGCACAACAGAGAAUCAUCUACGGCCUCUUCUGUAAAUCAACCAAUAAUAUAUCAGUUGAAUAUGUCAAAAUAUCUUGAAUUACAUCAAUUCCCUUGCCAAUCGUCAUCAUCAUUAUCCUCUUGUCACCCUGCAAAUAUGCACUGUUUCACGCCUUUACCAGUGAACAGAUUAUCACGUAAAGUAUUCAUAGGUGGUAUUCCAAUGUUAGAGAAUAACGUAACAACAAUGACAAGAGAUCAGCUUUACAAAGCAUUGUUUAUAUUCGGUCAAGUUAAUAUAAUCUGGCCAAAAAGAACAUUUGUAAUACCAUAUAGUCAAAAGUAUCAUGAAACAUCUAUGAAAAACUGUUGGAAACGAGGCCAUUGUUAUGCCGUAUUUAAUGAUCCAAGAAGCGUAACUCAAUUACUGUCAGCUUGUUAUCAACGUACUAAAGGCUACUACAUUGACCUUUCAAGAGUUUCUCCCGGUUUGAAAAAUGCAAGAUUAGAUUCCCUUCAAAUAAUUCCUUGGGAUACACAAGGUUCGGUUUAUGAAUCCCCAAGAAAUAAUUUUGAUAGUCUUUAUAACGAAAAUGCUGGAAACUCAAUUUCUUUGCAAUAUGGAUACGAAAUGCCAAGAUCACGAUAUCCUGCAAAAAUACAAACUGUGUUUGUGGGAGCUUUACAUGGAAUGAUGACAGCACGGGCUCUGUUUACCAUAUUCAACGACCUUUUUGGCAAUGUUGUCCGCGCUGUAAUUGACACUGAUAAGUAUAAUUAUCCUAUUGGUUCAGGACGUGUAGCUUUUUUGUCUCCGCAAAGUUAUUUGGCAGCAGUGACAACGAACUUUAUUCGUGUUGAGUGCCAGUUGUUCAGCAAAGUGACUGAAAUUAAUUUAAGUGUUGAUGGACCAUCACCAGAGGGUUCAUCCAGUGAACAUCAAAAUGAGUACCAUGCCUGGCUGUUAGAUGAAUGGUGUUGUUGCUAA